AUGAUCAACGGCCAACCUUUUGGACCGUCGGAUCUAACACUUCAGAAUGGAUUGCGGCCCAUCCGAGUUCGUUACUUUGAAGAGUGGAUCGAAAAGGAACGCCUACUCAAGCAUGGACCGCUGGAGUUCCUGAAAGGUUCUGUAAUUGGCAUAGACGCGGCUUACUUCGCCAAACAAUUUCUGGUCGAACCCUUGCUCACUGCCUUGGGCGGCUCUCCAAUUGCUUUGGAAGGCUUCACCAACGCAGUGAAGAAUCUCAAGAAUGCGGGUAUCCGCUUGCAUUUUGUCUUUAAUGGUCUGCAGUAUGCGAGGAGUGAGGAUGCUUUCGCGACUUCCAAAUCCAUUAACAGUCAGAACAAUGACGCUUUCACCGUGUACGAGAAUCAACAGCCCGAAAUUGCUCGACGUGCUUUCCAAAAGCUAGGUUCGUUUGCAAGAGAUUUCCAACCUUGCGAGAUUGUGACUCAUCGUUGCAUAGCAUCCCAAAAGCUAGAUGAGCAUAUGAGUACUUUGAAAUUUGCCCUUCAUGACAUGGAUAUUCCUUUUACAGUCGCUCCAUACAGUGCUCUUGCUCAGCUUGCUUACUAUGAGAAGCAUCCCAAACAGUUUGUCGAUGCGAUUUACGGGCCGUCCGAGCUUUUCUGCUUCGGCGUUGAUAAAGUCAUCACUGACUUUACCGAUGUGCCCAAGGAUGACUUAGACAAGGUCUCGAUUAAUGAUCAUUCUGUACCCUUGGAAAGGCUCCAAUUUUGCUGGAUUGACAGCGCCUCGUGCCUCAAAACACUAGGCAAUAUACAUUUGCAGGUAUUCACGGAAGCUCUGGUGUUAGCUGGCUCAGAUCUUUUCCUCAAGACUUUCCCACCAUUGGUCGAAAAUGCGAACUAUAAGCAAGCUGGCGUUAUUCGUGACGCUGUUAACCUACUUGUAGCUGCUCGUGGAAAUGUUUCUCAGGUUUGCUCGCAAUAUCCAGAUGCGUCCUUGAAAGAAAUUUGGCUCGAUAAGUUCAAGCAGACCAUGAUAAUCAUAAAACAUCACGUGAUAAUAACGGCCGAGGGCGAAGUCGAGAGCUUGGAAAAGGCUCAAGCUCCUAUAGAUACGCAUCUUUGCAUCGGUCUCCGCCUGCCCGAAGAGCUUUAUAUGUAUCUUUCAAGGGGUCUGAUAGGCACUCGUGUCCUAAACUGGUUGACCCGAGGUGAGAUAGACGUGCCGACUCCCCUAGCUGGAAGCGAUACAGCAAUAUGCCAACGCUUUGUGAGAGGCGAGCUUGGUCCACUUCGACAGCAAGCAACCUGUCUUUUGACAGAUGGCCUUCACCGCUACUAUCAACGAGCGGAAUACAAAAGCCACUUUUGGUUUGACAUGAAUAUUGAAGAAAAAUUCAAGCCUGUGGAUGUGAGCCCUUCGCCUAGGUCACAAGUCUCGAAAUGGAACGUAAAGAAGGACGCAUUGGACAAAGCAAAAGUAGGCGAUGCACUGCCCGGGUCUCUCUUAUUUGCUACACGGAGCUUGCAAGACGCAGAAUAUGCGAAGCAGACGAUAACGCCAAAGCUCAAAAGUGAUGAGGCCCUAUCAACAGCUGAUGAGGUUCUUGCCAACACCCUAUGGCGUGUACUGCAGCUGCGCGACUUUGUGACUGAGUCGCACGAGCUUACACACUGGGGAAAGAUUCUAGAGCGAACACUCUCAGCUGUCGGCGGCCAGGAGGAUCUCCAACAAGCUGCCUACAUAGCCAUCGAAUUGUUGCGAUUCGAGGUUUUGAACCUCAAUUCUUUAUUCCUGGACUAUCCAGGUAGUCCUGCGAGGGGUGGAGUGAACGACAAAGGGCCGUGUAUGCUAGUCUCUCGAGUUGCAAGUCUGGGGCGCCUUCGUCACAAACCAAAAGGUUACAGUGGGCCCUUGAGCCGAUCGCUACUGGCUUAUCACUCGAUUGUAUCCGCUUUACAAACCAGCUUGCGAGAUCUGCUGGAGACAGCAACGGUGUCUACGUUCCUUGAAGGCGGCUUUGCUAGGGAACGGGAUGAUUGGUUGGAGCUAUCACGACGGUAA